AUGGAGUAUUAUUCUACCCCGGUUGGCGAGGAUUCUGCAAAUAUGGAAGUUCCAGCUCCGCCAAAAUCCGGCAAAAGCGUUUACCAGCUCUCACCAUAUCUGAAUUACAACCCCGUCUAUCUGCCGACGGGCCAGCCGGACUUUAUUUUUCUGGAAGGUUCCAGCCGUCAGCGCGGCCGCUUCGAGCUCGCGUUUUCCCAAAUUGGCUCCUGCUGCAUAGCGGGCGCCACGCUCGGCGGGAUGGCCGGCAUGUACAACGGCCUUAAGGCCACGGCACGAGCCAAACAGACGGGAAAUCUGCGCAGGACACAAAUCCUGAAUCACGUUAUGAAACAAGGUUCGGCCACGGCGAACACUCUCGGAACGGUGGCCGUGAUGUAUUCCGGAUUCGGGGUACUUUUUUGCUGGAUUCGCGGCGAGGACGAUGACAUAAACACUCUAGCAGCCGCUGCCUCGACCGGAGCGUUUUAUAAAUGCACGGCCGGUCUGCGGAAAUGUGCGCUGGGCGGACUAGUGGGUUUUGGCUUGGCUGGCUUCUAUUGCAUGUGGAAAGCCGCGUUUAACUUCAAAAAGGAAAACGUUUCGUAG